CCUCCUGGACAUCAAUACUUUAAGUUGGACUUUGUGAGCCACUGAACAUAACUUGUUGUCGACACUUAAGGUAAGAUGGCAAAUUUGUGGCAACUCACGCUCCUGUGCUGGGCAUGGAGUCCUCUGUGUCUGCCAUCCAGUGUAAGCUUCAUUGGAAAACCACAAGAGUGUGAAAAGGCUCACUUUGUCCCUGGUUACAAUCUGGGUGGAGAAGGCUUUGACAUCGUCACAAUGGAGCGGAAAGGUGCCUAUGUCAUCGACACUGAAACGUGGAAGCUUGGCAAUGGCACUUGCAGGCUAUACAGAAACAGCUACAUGAAUAAGGAAAAGCAGAAGGUCCCAGUUGCCGUGGUGGACUGGAGAACCCUCCCUAAGUGCAGUUUAACAGUCUCUAGUAUAGUUUAUGACUCUGUUGAAUCUCUUGUCAAUGACUCCACAUCAUCUGUGUCUAAUGAUUGGAAAAUUGGCCUUGAUAUCCCUGCUGCCACUGUUGGGGUUGGCUUUGGAGGUUCCCACUCCAAAGACUCAACUUUUGGCAUGCUAAAGUCAAAAGAAGACCGCUACACAUUCUUUCGCCAUUCUGUCUACUGUAACUUCUAUGGCUACAGACUGGCAAGAAAUCCUCCACUGAGUCAUGAGUUUGGAUCAGCCAUCAACUCCCUUCCUACCUAUUCAUCUAGGACCGAACCAUUAUAUCGCAAUCUGAUCAACACCUAUGGUACACAUUACAUCGUGCAAGUGUUUCUGGGAGGUGAAAUGAAAGCCAUCACUUCCAUCAAGACCUGCAAGGCAACCAUGAAUGGAAUGUCGGCAACAGAGGUGAAGGAUUGUUUAUCAGUUGAGGCCUCAGCUGGCUUUGCAAGUACUGCCAGUGUAAGGGCCAUGAACCAGCACUGUCAGGCAAAGAAGAGGGAGUUAGGCUCUGGCCAACGUUUCAGCAGCAUGUUUAGUGAGCGUAACACAGAGGUCAUUGGUGGAAACAUUAAUGGAGCUGAUAUUCUCUUUCAAGGGCAGUCAAAUCCUUUUGUCUAUAAUAAAUGGCUUAACUCGCUGAAAAACACACCUGAUGUGGUCCGAUACAACAUAAAGCCCCUGCACACCAUACUGCCAAUUGGUCAUCCUGCCAGGGCUGGACUGAAACAAGAGGUGGAGAAGUACAUCAAGAAAAAUGCAGUGUUGAAGAAAUGUUCAGAAACCUGUAAGAUUGGGCAGAGGUCCAGCAAAAGGGAUUCUUGUGCUUGUAUCUGCAACAGUAAUCAGAAUAUCAAGUCAAACUGCUGUCCUGCUGGGAAAGGUCUUGCCAACUUAAAGGUAUUAAGACUUUAUGCAGAGGGUCUGUAUGGUGAUAGGUGUACGCAGACAGAUGGUUCAGUGGAGGUUAGAUAUGGUGACCAGGUAAAGCUCACUGCCAUUAUAGCAAACAAUGACAAUCCUAAAUGGUCAGAAACCUUUGAAUUUGGUCCCAUCAAAAUUGACAUGAAAAACAAACUUAAGUUCGCUGUUUAUGAUGAGGACAGUUACUGGAACAGUGAUCUGCUCGGUCAGUGUUCAUUUGUUCUGCGUAGAGGGAAAGUGCGAGAAAGCUGCAUGUUAAAUCAUGGUACCCUCUUUUUCUCCUACAUAGUAGAAUGCGCACCAAGUCUUGGUGGUCAGCAAUGUCAAGAGUACAUACCAAACCCCAUGAGUCCAUCUCUGGGCAAGGUCUUCCGCACCCGAAACGGGGUUCUUGUUGGAGAAACUGAUGUGCUAAAUCAUUCAGUCAGUCAGGCUGGGCCAGCUGGUGAAAUGCAAUUAGACAUGGAGAUUUAACUUUAGAAUGGAUACUUUGCCAGUAGUUGACGGUGCCUCUUUUGCUUUCAAUUGUUGUUUUCAUUUUUGUUUAACUUUCAUGUGCAACCAUCAUUUUUUUUUUCUUAAUUUCUCAAUUUUAAUCACAGAUAUGUUUGUAAAACUUUCACUAUCC